CGGGCAGACCGCGAGCAGCAUGGCCCCUAAGCGCCAGCCUUCGAGCCUGCCGCAAAUGAAGAAACCCAAGGUGCAGGGGACCCCGGCCCCCCCGAAGGAAGAAAAAGAACAACAGGAAGCAAUUGAGCAUAUUGAUGAGGUACAGAAUGAAAUAGACAGCCUGAAUUAUUUUGAUGAAAAUCCUUACUUUGAAAAUAAAGUUCUCUCCAAAGAAUUUCAUCUGAAUGAGAGUGGUGAUCCAUCCUCAAAAUCAACUGAAAUCAAAUGGAAAUCUGGAAAGGACUUGACGAAACGAUCCAGUCAGACACAGAACAAAGCCAGCAGGAAGAGGCAGCAUGAAGAACCGGAGAGUUUCUUUACCUGGUUUUCCGACCACUCUGAUGCAGGCGCAGAUGAGUUAGGGGAGGUCAUCAAAGAUGACAUUUGGCCUAAUCCAUUACAGUACUACUUGGUUCCUGAUAUGGAUGAUGAGGAAGGUGAAGGAGAAGAUGAUGAUGACGACGACGAAGAAGAGGAAGGUUUAGAAGAUAUUGAUGAAGAAGGGGAUGAAGAUGAAGGGGAAGAAGAUGAAGAUGAUGACGAGGGAGAGGAAGGAGAGGAGGAUGAAGGAGAGGAUGACUAACAGAACACUGAUGGAUUCCAACCUUUUUUAAUUUUCUUCAGUCCCUGGGAGCAAGUUGCAGUCU